GGUUCCGCGUCCUGUCGCCCCGCGGAGCCGCCGCCGCCGCCGCCGCCGCCGCCAUGAAGUCGGCGAGAGCCAAGACGCCCAGGAAAGCCCUGGCGAAGAAGGGCUCCCAGACGAGCCUCAAGGACCCAGUCGGGGUGUACUGCAGAGUGCGUCCCCUGAGCUCCCCCGAGCAGGAGUGCUGCAUCGAAGUGAUCAACAGCACCACUGUUCAGCUUCACACCCCCGAGGGCUACCGGCUCAACCGCAAUGGUGACUACAGGGAGACUCAGUAUUCUUUCCAGCAAGUGUUCGGCAUGCACACCACCCAGAAGGAGCUCUUCGACGUGGUGGCGAACCCCCUGGUAGACAACCUCAUCCAUGGGAAAAACGGCCUCCUCUUCACGUAUGGCGUGACGGGCAGCGGCAAGACGCACACGAUGACUGGGUCCCCAGGUGACGGGGGGCUGCUCCCGCGCUGUCUGGACAUGAUCUUCAACAGCAUCGGGUCCCUCCAGGCCAAGCGAUACGUCUUUAAGUCCAAUGAUAGGAACAGCAUGGACAUCCAGUGCGAGGUGGACGCCUUACUGGAGCGCCAGAAGAGAGAGGCCAUGCCCGUUCCCAAGACCCCCUCCAGCAAACGACCUGUGGACCCCGAGUUCGCAGAUAUGCUCACGGUGCGGGAGUUCUGCAAAGUAGACGAGGUGGAUGAAGACAGUGUGUACGGGGUCUUCGUCUCCUACGUCGAGAUCUACAACAACUACAUAUACGACCUGCUGGAAGAGGCGCCCCUCGACCCCGUGAAGCCCAAGUGGAACGGUUGCGGCACACCCGCGAGGAGCACAGAGUGUGUACUUCCGCAGUCCAGAAUGCUGCGUGAGGACAAGAACCACAACAUGUACGUGGCGGGCUGCACGGAGGUGGAGGUGAAGUCCACGGAGGAGGCCUUCGAGGUCUUCUGGCGAGGCCAGAAGAAGCGACGCAUCGCCAACACCCACCUCAACCGCGAGUCCAGCCGCUCCCACAGCGUCUUCAACAUCAAGCUGGUCCAGGCCCCCCUGGACGCCGAUGGGGACACCGUCCUGCAGGAGAAGGAGCAGAUCGUCGUCAGCCAGCUGUCCCUGGUGGAUCUGGCCGGCAGCGAGAGGACCACCCGCACCAAGGCCGAGGGCAGCCGCCUGCGGGAAGCGGGGAACAUCAACCAGUCCCUCAUGACGCUCAGGACGUGCAUGGAAGUACUGCGUGAGAACCAGAUGUCUGGGACCAACAAGAUGGUUCCGUACCGAGACUCAAAGUUAACACACCUGUUCAAGAACUACUUUGACGGAGAAGGGCGAGUCCGCAUGAUAGUGUGCGUGAACCCCAAGGCCGAGGACUACGAAGAAAGCCUGCAAGUGAUGCGGUUCGCCGAGGUGACCCAGGAGGUGGAGGUGACGAGGCCUGCAGACAGGGCCAUUUGCGGCCUGACGCCUGGCAGACGCUUCAAGAACCAAGUUCGCGGCGGCCCAGUUGGUGACGAGCUGCUGGUGGCAGAAGCCGUCCUGCAGGGCUUCCCGCCACUGCCCUCCUGUGAGCUGCUGGACGUCAACGACGACCAGACGCUGCCCCGGCUGAUCGAGGCGCUGGAGAAGCGGCACCAGCUCCGGCAGAGCAUGAUGGACGACUUCAGCAGGCAAGCCAGAGCAUUCAGAGCCAUGCUGCAGGAAGUCGACAGUGCCGUCUUCAACAAGGAGAGCUACGUGCAGGGGCAGCUCAACGAGAAAGAGAAGGUCAUCUCCGCACACAGGACGGAGCUAGAACGACUGGAGAAGAAGAAUAAGACCCUGGAGUAUAAGAUCGAGAUCCUGGAGAAGACGACGGCCAUCUAUGAGGAGGACAAGCGCAGCCUGCAGCAGGAGCUGGAGACGCAGGCGCAGAAGCUGCAGCGCCAGUUCUCGGACAAGCGGCGGCUGGAGGCCCGGCUGCAGGGCAUGGUGACAGAGACCACCGUCAAGUGGGAGAAGGAGUGCGAGCGCCGCGUGGCGGCCAAGCAGCUGGAGAUGCAGAACAAGCUGUGGGUGAAGGACGAGAAGCUCAAGCAGCUGAAGGCCAUCGUGACCGAGCCCGGCGCCGGCCGACCCGAGAGACCCGCCCGGGAGCGAGACCGCCAGCGGGGGGCCCCGAGGUCCGGCUCCCCACCACCGGUCCCCCCUCCAAGCACCCACAUCGCCCCGCUUGCCGGUGGCCAGCAGCUCGUGGGCCAGCCCCCGCUCCACCGGCGCUCUAACUCCUGCAGCAGCAUCUCCGUGGCGUCCUGCGUCACAGAGUGGGAGCAGAAAGCGCCCGCGUGCCACACGCCCAGCCACGUCACGUCCAUCGUGCGGCGCAGGCAGCAGGAGCCGGGGCAGAGCAAGAGCUGUGUGGUGUCGGACAGACGGCGGGGGCCGUGCUGGCCUGAGGCCCGGGAGGCGGCCCCCACCUCCUUCAGAGCCGAGCUGGACCUGCAGGCGGAGCCAGCCGCCAGGAAUGCCCCGCCCGUCUGCCUCCGGCACCGGCGCUCCCGCUCGGCUGGGGACCGCUGGGUGGACCACAAGCCGGCCUCCAACGUGCAGACGGAGACCGUCAUGCAGCCGCACGUGCCCCACUCCAUCACCGUGGCCGUGGCCAACGAGAAGGCCCUGGCCAAGUGUGAGAAGUACAUGCUGACCCACCAGGAGCUGGCCUCCGACGGCGAGAUCCAGACCAAACUCAUCAAGGGUGACGUCUUCAAGACAAGAGGCGGUGGGCAGUCGGUUCAGUUCACCGACAUCGAGACCUUGAAGCAGGAGUCGCCCACAGGUCGGAAGCGGAGAUCGUCCUCUGGGGCAGCUGCCCAGCCAGACGGGGCCGAGUCCGAGUGGACGGACGUGGAGACGAGGUGCUCGGUGGCCGUGGAGAUGAGAGCCGGCUCGCAGCUGGGACCCGGAUACCAGCACCACGCACAGCCCAAGCGCAAGAAGCCGUGAGCCCGCCGCCGCCUCGGCGACCCAGCGCCACCCUCCGAGCCGCCGUGGGGCCCGAACCCCGAACCCGG